AGUGUGACGUCACUCGUCAGUCAGUCGUCGUCGUAGGUGUAGUUCUGUAGUGAUGUAAACUGAGCUUUGCGUAAAGUGUGAAGUAUACUACAUAACUCAAUAAGCAGAAACACCAUCAGGAAUUAAUAUUUAGCGGAAGUAAUUUGGUAUUCUUUUUAAACUAAUAGCUUAUAACAAAAUGUCAACUCAGAAUUUACACGCAGAUCGUGAUUUGGAUUUGUCAAAUUCCACAAGAGGAGUAUGGUUAGUGAAGGUUCCUAAGUAUAUUGCAAAUAGAUGGGAAAAGGCUCCAGGAAAUAUUGAAGUAGGAAAACUGAAAAUUACAAAGAAUCCAGGUCAGAAGGCACAGGUGUCGCUUUCGUUGUCGGAGUCAGUGUUAUGUCUCAAAGAGCCAGGGGAGGAGAAUAUUCCAAAGGAUCAUCGUCUUGACGUUUCAAUGGUUACCAAACAGACACUAGGAGUCUUCUCCCACUACUCGCCUAUGCCAAAUUCUGACGCUAUCGUUCCCGAAUCUGAGAAAAUGUGCUUGGAAGGAAGAAUUGUACAGAAACUGGAAUGUCGCCCUUAUGCUGACAGCUGUUACAUGAAGCUCAAACAGGAGUCCAUCCGGAAAGCGAUGAUCCCAACCAGGAGUGUUCAGCAGCUGGACAGGAUAGUGCAGAAUUACAAACCAGUCUCCGACCACAAACAUAAUAUCGAGUACGAGGAGAGAAAGAAGACUGAAGGCAAGAAAGCAAGAGAUGACAAAGACGUUGUCCUGGAGAUGCUUUUUGCCGCGUUUGAGAAACAUCAGUAUUACAAUAUCAAGGAUCUGGUGAAGAAAACCAGACAGCCGGUUGUGUAUUUGAAAGAGAUACUGAAAGAAGUAUGCAACUAUAACAUAAAGAACCCCCACAAGAACAUGUGGGAGCUGAAGCCAGAGUACAGACACUACAAAGACUCAGAAGCGCAGCAGCCGUCUACGUCUGAAUGAUUUCAGACUGGUCAUAUUUUUUGUUCCAUAUUAUAAAUUUGUAAAAUAAACACGUACUUUGUA